UAGCGGCUCAUCGGUUUUUCCAACCUCACCUUAGACCCACUUACCGCUAUAAAUUACCGCGAAUUGUCGCUCUCGUUCAAUUAAUAAUCUGUCAUUCAAUAGGCCGCAUAUUUAGUAAUUUGUGCUAAGCAGCCUUUAAGCUCACCGCAAGUGAAAGUUUAGCAUUAUUACCAAGCUUUUAUACGAUGUCUCGUGUAGCGGUGGUAACCGGAGGGAACAAGGGGAUUGGUUUUGCCAUUGCGAAAGGACUUUGUCAAAAGUUUGAUGGCGUCGUUUACCUUACCGCAAGGGAUGAGACUAGAGGACUUGCUGCAGUUGAGCACCUGAAAAAAGAGGGUCUCAAGCCGAAAUUCCAUCAACUCGAUGUCACCGAUGACUCGAGUGUCAAUACUUUCAAAAAGUACCUCAGCGACACUUAUGGAGGCCUCGAUGUACUCGUUAACAAUGCUGCUAUCGCUUUCAAGAAUGAUGCAACUGAUCCGUUUUCCAUUCAAGCAUCCGAGACCGUAAAAGUAAACUACUUCAGUUUGGUGAGAGUUUGUGAGGCUCUAUUUCCGCUGCUCAAACCCCACGCCAGAGUUGUCAAUCUUUCCAGCAGUGCUGGACACCUGUCCAGAAUACCGGGAGCUGAAUUGAAGGCUCGAUUUGCAAACCCUGACCUCACCCAGGAUGAGCUAGACCAGAUUAUGAGAGAAUUUAUUGAAGCAGCAAAGACCAAUUCCCACCAGGAAUCAGGAUGGGCCAACAGUGCCUAUUCGGCUAGUAAAGUAGCCGUUUCUGCUCUGAGUCGUAUUCAACAAAAACAAUUCGACAAAGAUGCCAGAGAAGAUCUCGUCGUCAACGCUGUGCACCCUGGAUACGUUGACACUGACAUGACAAGCCACAAGGGAACCUUGACACCUCAGAGGGGUGCACAAGCUCCAAUCUACCUGGCUCUCUUACCAAAGAAUACCGACAUCAAGGGAAAAUAUAUCUGGCACGACAACACCAUCAUCGACUGGGUCAACGAUCCCCUGCCCACUCCUUAUUAAACGACCUUUGCUCUUUUUUAUGUUCUCUUCUUGUGGACUUGGCUUGUAAAGAUGAGAAUGUCCGAUCAGAAUAUCCGUCUGCACAUUCCAUAGUUCUCGGUAGCAACCGUCUGGCAGGCAAAUUCAUAUCAUUUGUUGAUCAGUGCCUUAAAUCUGAUAGUAAUAAACAGAUCUACAGGGUCAUUCAAUCAUUACUGAAUUCGAGUGCGACUGACACAGUUGUUCCACCUGGCAUUCGCAUAAGCUUCUCUGUCUCUCACUCGAGUCUUGCGUUCAGUUACGAAUAAAUGACCCUAUAUCUAAUUACACGUUGAUUUUUCAUUGUUACACUUCAUAUGGAUAAAGGUUUCUUUAUUUUCCAUUUUAAUAUUGUUACUAAUUUUUUCUUAUGUUUAUAUACCACAAACUUUCGAAUACUCAUCAAACUUUAUACGGGAACGUCAAGUACACUGCAUAUUUAAUCAAUAGGGUGUAAUUUUCUGUUUCUUUGCGAAAUGUAUUACAGUUGUAUUGUUUUUAACUCAAAUGGUGAAAGUAGGGAAUAAACAGCACAGAAAUAGUC